AUUUAGAUAUUGCAUGCAAAACAUCGUGGACUUUAACUUGUUUUAGUAGCAAUGGUGUCAACUAAGUUUAGAUGUCACAGGAAUCUUUUACUGUUAUCGUUUGGUAUUUUGACAAAUAUGUCGGCUUAUUUGCCCCUUGAAGCCGUUCAAAGCUCGUUCAACCAAGCAGCAGGAACAAGUUCUUUAGCUACAGUUUACAUUAUUGCGGUCUUGUCGUCGCUAUUUCUUGCCCCAUUGGUAAUUAGCAAAUUCGGAAGCAAAAGAUGUAUUUUAGCUGGCGCACUCUCCUAUGUUCCCUACACUUUGGCAAAUUUUUACCCACGAGACUACACCUUGAUACCAGCUGCAGCCUUUGUUGGGGCAGGAGGGGCGGUUAUGUGGCCUGCCUGCUUGGUCUACAUUAUUGAUCUUUCAAAACUCUUUGCCAGAACUUCAACAAAAAGCCAGACACUUCAUGCUGCUAAGUUUUUCAGCAUUUUUUAUUCCAUAAUUAGCUGUGCAUAUCUGGCAGGAAUGAUUCUUUUGUCUGUUCUUUUCUCAACUAACGUGGUUGAGUCAAAGCAGUCCAAUUCUACACUCAAUUUGAAUAUAUCUGCAGCACCACAGGAGGAUACAAACACUAAUAUUCCUAUUAGUGUGGAACCAAAAUGCGGAGUUACAUUUGACAAUUUGAAGUCUAGUACACCAACUACAAACCAACAGCUUUCCCAAGUGUUAUUAUAUACAAUGUUAGCAGUUUUUCUACUUUUUCAUUUCUGUGGGUUUAUGAUGUGUAUAUGUAUUGAUGACGUUGAAGAGCCUAAAGAAAACUCAGUUUACUGGGAAGGAGAGAGUGAAGUUCACCACGAUCAAAGUAGUUUAACUGAAAGCAGUGUGGGUCUGUAUGAACAAGUAAACAAGGGACCUGAAUGCAAUUCUAACAUCAAAGCUGUAAAGCAGGAGUCAAUGCUUACUCUGUGCAAGUCUGUUAUUACUUUGAUCACAAAAGACAAAGUUGUUCUCAUGAUGAUGGUGAACACAUUACAAAUUGGAAUGAUGCAAGCUUUUUAUCGGGGCAAUUAUAACUCAGCAUGGGUCUCAUGCUCUCUGGGCAUAAACUUCACAGCAUACACGAUGGUUGUAUAUGCAGCUGCAACGUUAUGUGGGAGUUUUUGCAGUGUUAAGUUGCUGAAGUGUAUGGAUUAUCCACAACUGUUUGGAAUUGUUACCUUUCUUGAAGUAACAGUUUUCGCAAUAUUGUUAUUCUGGGCUCCUGCACCAAAUACCAGUGUUGUGGAGAGCUGGCCUUUCUUUAUUUUGUCAGCAGUUUUGGGUUUCUGCAAAGGAGUUAUCAAAGCACAGCAGCCAAGUGUUUAUAACAUUGUGUUUGUUGAAAACAAAAACACUGCAGCUACCAUACAAAUAAUGUGGGAGUCUAUAGGUAUUUCUUCUAUAUACUUAAUCAGUACAAUCACAAGACCAGUUGUUUCAACUACCAUUAUGAUAUGCAUGAUAGUACUGGGUUAUAUAUUCUUUUUGAGUUCCUUGUAUAUCAAAGACAAGAAAGGCCGAUACUGGUCUUGUGCAAGGCAGUCAACUUAACCACAGCAAUUUGCGACCAGUUAAUAUGCUGCAUUUAUUGCAUUGUAGCGGAACGUAUAAAGCGCUUGCUCUGAGACUGCCUGGUAACUAGACACCAGUGGUGCAAUGCUUGAAAUUGCCACUAUUUUGGGUAUCUGUGUUUUUGCACAAAACACUAAAUAGUGAGUGUUUCAAGCCAGUAGGCAUUUGAGAAUUGACCAAAGGAUUUGUCAAGGAAAAUGAAACAAAAACACCACUUGUUAAGUUAACUAUAAGGUGCCCAAACAAUGCUGCAAUAAAUCCCAUUCGAUAAAAUAGAAAAUAUAAGUUUGGUCCGCAAAAAUGUUUACAAAUUAUGCAUAACUGUUUUAAAGCAUGCUCUUUGCAACUUUGUACGGCGCAAUAUCAAAUAUUUGGGAAAAUUUACAGCGUUUAUUAAACAUUCCCUUCAGAAUAAUUUAAAACAUAUAAUGCAAUAUAUUUUAUCUGUGUGUGCAUGUAAUGCUUUCUUAUUAGUAAAAAUGUUUAAUAAAUCACUG